UGCCAUCUUAUCCGCCAGAUGUUGUUGAAACAUCUAACGGAACACUGAGAUUUGGGCGGGUUGAAAUGCUAGCUCAAUCCAGCGAUGGAGUUCUCAAAGCUUUCUCUCUGUUAAAGCUUCCACUCUUCGCCUUAAUCUCUCUGUGAAAGCACCUCCUCAGCUGAAGACCAAUCAACUCCGCUGCCGGAAACCACCUCCCAGUCCCGGCGAUACCUGAUUCUCAGAUCAUAGCACCGGUAGAGUUUAGACUUUAGAGGGAGAAGCAAUGCGAACCCUCCCUUGCGCUUCUAGCCCGUGUUUUUCUCAGAUUAUUACGCGUUCCGUCUCCGAUCAGUCUCAACUUAGGAUACCUGAUGGAUUUGUGGAGAGAUAUGGACAUUAUCUCUCUGGCGAGGUUAAGCUUACUGUUCAUACUGGUGAUGAAUGGUGUGUGCGCUUGAAGAAGGUUGGAAAAACGGUAUUGUUUACUGAUGGUUGGCGAAAAUUUAUGGAGUAUUACUCUAUUGGAAUUGGGUACUUUUUACUCUUCAUAUAUACAAAGAGUGCCUGUUUUGAUGUGCAUUUGUUUAACAAGACUGCUACUGAGAUAUGGGACCUGCCUAGUACUAAUGCUAAUGCAGAAAGAUCCACUCAUAUCAGUCAGAAUCUGCAGUUUACAAAGGAAAAGUGUGUUGGCAUUUCUGAUUGUGGUGGUAGUGAUGAUGGCAACAGAUCUGUCAAACAAUUGGAUGACCUGAAGUGUCAUCAAGUUCAGGAGAACUUGGCUGAUUUGUCGGGACUUGGAAGUGGAUGCAAGAGACAGAGAGCUGCCACUGGAUGGGUAAAUGUUCAAAGUUCCUAUAGAACACGAGGCAAAGGGAAAAUGUUUGGUGAGGAGGGGAGCAUAUCAGAUGCAGAAAAUGUGCCUGAUGAUGGCUAUUCUAAUGAGCCACUCUUUGCCAAAUCAUUUCUGGGCAGUGAGAGUAGACAUAACAAUGAUUCUGCUGGCCUGAUUGUGGAGAAUGCAAAUAACCAACAAAUUUCAGGGAAAAAAUGCACUCUGGUCAGGGAUGAUGGAAAAUCAGACACUGCUGACAGAUUGUCUCCAAUUUUUCCAAAUUGCAAGACCGAUGGAGAGGGAUCAAAUAUAAAACAAGAAAAGGAACGAAGAUCUGUUUCUAGUAAAAGCUCUUCCAAGCAUUUUAUGCAAAGACAAGCUACAGCCCAGGAAAAAGAAAGGGCAAGUAGAGAUGCAAAAAUGUUUGCACCAAACAAUCCUUAUUUUACUGUCAGUUUGAAAGAAUAUAACAUAUCAGGCAGCAUUCUUCUGCAUAUACCACGUGAAUUUACCAAGGAAUAUCUUCCCAUUAUUCCAAAAAAUGUUGAAGUUCAAGAUUCUGAAGGGAAUAGUUGGAAUAUAAAAUGCAUUAACAAGCCUUGCUUUCUAAGCAAAGGAUGGGCAGCAUUUGUUAGGGAGAAAAACUUAGCAACAGGAGAUGCUUGUGGUUUUGAGCUGAUCAAGUACCUUCAGGAUGAUAACCUUGUGUUCAAGGUGCACAUAUUUCGGGCUGUGCUAGAUAAUGCAAAUGAAAUCAGUUUGGUUGAAGUAUAGGAUUAAGCAAUAUCUAGUGGUUUUGGUAUCAUUAAGCCCUUAAUGAUAUAGUGAGUCAGGUAUUAGAUUUGGGUGAUUUAGAGCUAGACAUCUAUUGCUGUAAAUCUGCCUGAGAGUUGUCCUAGUUUGUUUACCUACUUCUAUUGUAGGAAAUACACCUUUUUGGAAAUGCUUCAUUUUGGGAAUUCAUUUUGGAUGUUCAUUAUAUUGAAUAAGAUGUUAAAAUUCUUAGCUUUUUA